AUGCUCGCCCGCCCCUGCAGGACCGCCGUCGCGGCCGUGCGCCGUCUCGUGCGCUUCAACAGCACCGCAGCCACCAGCACUGGCAGCGGUGGCAAUGAUGCCCCACCAGACGGCAUUCCUGAACACGUCUUCGCGUCGACCAUCUUUCGCGGGCGCGCAUCCAUGUCGGCCUACCAGCACCCACAAACGCACGGAAUCCCUGUCGCGCUCAUCCAUUUUCGCUCUUACUUCCCGCACCUGCUCGACCAGUUCCUACACUUCACCUCACAUACCGCCGCGGCGCUUGCGAUCCCCAUCUCGCGGCCGGCGCACCUCCCGACGCAGCGCACACUCUGGACUGUCCCACGGGGGCCGUUCGUCCACAAAAAGGCCCAGGAGAACUUCGACCGCCGCGUGCACAAGCGUGCUAUCAAGGCCUGGGACGCCCACCCCGCGGUCGUCGAGCGCUGGGUCCGUUACCUCGAGGAGCACGCCAUGGCCGGCGUGGGUAUUCGUGUCGUCCGUUGGCAGCGCGCGCCCGUCGGCGUUGGCGAGAAGGUGCUCGAGCGCGUCAUGGGCCAGAUGCGCGUCGGCGCCGCGACGAAGGCAGAGAAGGUGAAGGCACUGGGGGAGAAGAUUGUACAGCAGGAGCUUGCGGCGGCGUCGCCGGUACCCGAGAUCGUUCAGCCUGCGGACUCGCCGUCCUCGUCGUCGUCCUCGUCGUAG